GUCGAUUUCUUUCCUCCUGCUUUCCCUAUUUAAGUCUUCCGCCACUUCUCACCCAAUCCAUUCCAAGCUUUUUCCUACUCCUCUUUUGUCAUCAUCUCCCUCAUUAUUGGAGUUUCGGCAAAACACCUUCUGAAAGUUAGUCCGAAGGAAGAAGCAAGAACCCAAAACUUUGAAAUGGCGUUCUCAGCAGAGCAGGAGGCUUUGGUGGUCGAGUCGUGGGCAGUGUUGAAGAAGGAUGCGGCUGCACAUGGGAUGAAGUUCUUCACAAAGAUAUUCGAGAUAGCGCCAUCUGCAAAGCGGCUGUUCUCAUUCCUGCGUGACUCGAAUGUGCCACUUGAGCAGAACCCUAAGCUCAAAACUCACGCCUUCUCUGUAUUUGCAAUGACAUGCGAGUGUGCAGUCCAACUUCGGAAAGCAGGGAAAGUAACAGUGAGAGAAUCAAGCAUAAAACACCUUGGUGUUAAACACUUCCAAUAUGGAGUGGUCGACGAACACUUUGAUGUUGCCAAGUAUGCUCUGCUGGAGACAAUAAAGGAAGGAAUCCCUGAGAUGUGGUCUGCGGAUAUGAAGAAUGCGUGGGGAGAGGCUUUUGAUCAGCUUGCCUCUGCCAUCAAAGCAGAGAUGAAACCUGCUUCAGCAUAAAGCUUUUUCGCCUGUUUAAUUAGAACGGGAUCUCAUUUAAAGUUUCAGUUCACACAUUUAUCUAAAAAAUUAUGUUACCCUAUCUGCUUUGGCUUGUCUAUCUACGAGUUCUCAAGUAAACUGUUCCUGAAUUAAUCCUUUCUCUUCUA